GGGGCGGACACCGGGACCGCGGGCCGGGAGCGGGGCAGCGACACCGGCACCCGGGAGCGCCGGCAGGGAGCGGCAGCGGGAAGCGGCAGCGGGGGCGGCGGCGGCGCCUGGAGGGGGGAGCAGCGGCGGCGGCAGCGGCGGCUCCGGCAGCGCGGCCUGAGGCGCUGGGCCCAGCGCUCCCGCUCGCUCCGGGCGGCCCCGGCGGCCUCGGCGGCUUCAGCGUCCCCCGUUACCUCCGCGCCCACCCCGGGGGCGGCACGAACCCGCCGGGAAGAUGUCCCGGCCCGUCAGGAACAGGAAGGUGGUCGAUUACUCCCAGUUUCAGGAAUCAGAUGAUGCUGAUGAAGAUUAUGGAAGAGAUUCAGGUCCCCCAUCCAAGAAAAUCCGCUCGUCUCCCCGAGAGGCCAAAAAUAAGAGGAGAUCUGGGAAGAAUUCUCAGGAGGACAGUGAGGAUUCAGAAGACAAAGAUGUGAAGACUAAGAAAGAUGAUUCACACUCAGCAGAUGAGGAUUUUGGCAGUGAAGAUGAUGAUAUAGGAGCAGACGAUGGCAAAGCUGACAGUGACUAUGAGAGCUCUCAAAAAAGCAAAAAAGGAAAAAAGGCUAAACCAGACAAGAACAAGAGAGCAGCCUCCAAAUCCAGGAAAAGGCCUGCAGAGGACAGCGAGGAUGAGAAGGAGGAUCACAAAAACGUCCGUCAGCAGCGACAGGCAGCGUCCAAAGCGGCUUCCAAACAGCGGGAGAUGCUCAUGGACGACGUGGGGAGUGAGGAGGAAGAGCAGGAGGAUGAUGAGGCCCAGUUCCAGGAGACAGAUUCAGGAAGUGAUGAAGACUUCCUCAUGGAAGAUGAUGAUGACAGUGAUUAUGGCAGUUCAAAAAAGAAGAAUAAGAAGGUCUCCAAGAAAUCCAAGCCAGAGAGGAAAGAAAAGAAAAUGCCCAAGCCCAGGCUAAAGGCUACAGUGACCCCCAGUCCAGUGAAAGGCAAAGGGAAGGGAGGUCGUCCCACAGCCUCCAAGGCAACGAAAGAAAAGACCCCAUCCCCCAAAGAAGAGGAUGAAGAGCCUGAAAGCCCCCCAGAAAAGAAAAAAUCAGCCAGCCCUCCACCAGAGAAGUCAGGGGAUGAGGGAUCUGAAGACGAAGCACCCUCUGGUGAAGAUUAAAAAAUGGCAGUUGAGGAAAUCUUUGGUUAAAAAAAAAAAGAGAAAAAAAAAAGAAAAA